CUCAUUUAUAGUGUAUGCACAACAUCCUGCCUGAAAAAUGGCAAGGUUAUCGGAACCAAGGUUUGCCUCCGCAGGAGGAAAAUUUAUUCCUAUCAAAUUCAGACAAAACACCUUGCCAAUUUCGGAUGCAGAGAAGAUAUUUAAGUUUAAUGGCAGUCAGUUCCCACCAUUUAAUAUUGAACACCUUCCGUAUGAGCGGGAUAGAUUGGGUGAGAAAAUGUCAGCAGAGGAUCGGAUGCGACGAAAGAUCUGGUUGCAAGACCAAGUGUUAGCGAAAGGUGAACCGAGGAUGGAAGUUCGGCCAAAAAUUCAGCCAACAAGUGCGAUCAGAAAAUUUUAUCAGUUUCCUGGAAACAUGCUGGAGGGAUCACUGUCCAAAGUAAUGAGUCCAUGGCUUGCAAAGAAUUUGAGAGUGUUAGCUACUCGUUCUGUCAGGGCAUAUGUUGUUGCUUUUGGGUUAUUGUACUGGGCUAAAUACCACAGCAAGUCAUGGGAGAAGAAAAAAGGAUUCUAUAUGUAUACACGUGACGGAACAACUUUCUGGAAGGAUUUAAAGUACAAGGACUCACAUGAAUAUGCAGAUUAUGGAUUCAAAGAAAGAAAUGUGCUAAGACAGUAGUGGAAAUGACAUUGAAGAAAUUAGAAGUGUUGUACAUAUGGAUUCUUAUUCAAAGUUUACUUCAAUAAAGAAAAUAUUUAAACUUC